CUGCUGCUUAAAUGUGAUUCAAAAGACAAAGAUAUCAGAAAACGAAAUGGCCGUGAUCAAAAAGAAACCAACACAUCCCACCUGUGUUUGCAUACGUUUCGCUUCUCUUAAGAUUCUGCUCUAUAAAAAAUGAUGACGCAAAGCUAAAAGUGGGGGGGAAAGAACACAGACUAACGAAAUAUCUACCAUUCGUAGGACUCUGGCCGACGGAACGAGUUUUCAGUGGUCGAAGAGGAGCGAGUAUAAGCAAAUAAGAGAAAAAAAAACCCUAACCAGUCAAAUUGAAAAAGUGUAAAUGGCGGACGUUUUGAUUUGCGGAAGCGAAAUCUUUCUUAUCCCCGAGACUACAUUCAACUCUUUCCCACCGAAAUGCUUCCAGCCCUCGUCAAGCGGGGAAAUUGAAACUCCAAGGAGCUCUGUCGUAACCGUUAUCGGUGACUCGAAAGAUUUUAGCAACUUCCCGAAAAUCUCCGUAGUCACUUCUUUAGCUGAUAUCGAGGAAGUUCGUCAUCAGAUCUACCGGAGGCCGCUGGUUUUUAAGGUUACCUGCGGAAAACACGUCCCGAUGGGGCAGAAGCUCAACAGAAAGGGCGAAUAUCUCAGCAUCCGGGACCUUGAAUGGUGGUAUCAACAACACAACACCCCGUGGGGGAGACCCUACACCAACCAGACGUGGGGGACUGGGGACACCUCUAUGUACGGAGACCUGUGGAUCAUGCCCAAUUUCGUGAUGAGUGUUGAUACGAGUCACUCGACAGUUAGACGGAAGCUGGAGGAGGGCUUCAACACGGCUGAGGCUCUUGUUAUACAAGGAAAGAAGUUCUCUAUCGAGUUCAAUUUCAACUCACUCAUCCUAGAGUGGUGGAAGCGCCAAGGCCCCGCGCGGUACGAUCAGCUCAAGUGCCUCACUCUCACCCAGGCGACUGGGGCGAGUUUCACAAUGACCAACCACAGCGCUUUAAAUCACUGCUUUGACUGCCAUCCUUUGUGGUGUGCCUGCUGGCCAGUGUACUGCGUUACAGCAAUACCAUAUAAGGUGUGGAGGAAUUGGGUGAACGACGUCAGCGAUGUCAUUAUUAAAAUGGAGGGAGAAAUCAGUGUAGCAAGGCCAAAUGCUAUUGGCUACGACUUGGGUGAUUUGCAUAGGGCUGCCGCUGUACAAAAAACCGAGCCACAAGAAGUCCAACAGAGAUGAAAAAUUCACUCGUUCAAAUGUAAUUAAAGUAUUCAUUAUAAAACAA